UGAGAUACUAAGUUGCUUUAUGGGAAAAGACUGCGCCAAUUUAGUCUGGAAUUGCCCUACUUUAGACUUUUUCUGGUUAUCAAUCUGUACAAAGAAUCACCAAACUGAUACAGCGUGGACCAAACUGAUAAAUCAGGCUGCCGGGACAUUGUGUAAUUCGAUCGAAAAAGAAACGGACAACCUCUCAAGCACAUCGAGUAUUUGACAAAGGAUUUUACGACACAGUGAGAGAUGAAUUUCAACCAAAAAAAAAAAGUUGUGACUGAAGAACACCAUGGGAAGAUGGGAGAUAUUUGUACUCAGACUGUAGGCUUUCACCUGAUCUGUUUCUCUGAGACAAAACUCAGUUCCAUACCUCAGUGAGCUGCUACCAUGUACCAGAUGAUAUCCUCAGUGUUGGGCAAAAAAAGAGGAUAAUGUAUAUAAAAAUAUGCAAGAAUCACAGGAAACUCACAUAUCCAACCACCUGGAUGAAAUUGUUGCUGCCGUCAGCAUAACACCUCGAAAAAUGCUCCAAAACAAGCUGCCUCAGACAGCACUGUUUCAGCCUCCUCGAGAGAAACUUCACCUCUGUGAAGAGAAAGCAAAGUCCUAUUCUAGCAGUCAUGAGUAUAAACAGGCUCUCCAGGAGCUUGUGCGCUGUGUGGCGCUGACGAGGAUCUGCUAUGGUGACUCACACUGGAAACUGGCCGAGGCGCAUGUUAACCUGGCUCAGGGCUACCUCCAGCUGAAAGGACUGUCACUGCAAGCAAAACAACAUGCAGAAAAAGCCAAAGAAAUCCUCACCAACUCCAUUGUGCAUCCCUACAAUGACAAUACAGAUGUUUUCAAGUGUUCGGUUGAGUUAUUCCAUACCAUGGGGAGAGCCUUACUCUCCCUUCAAAAGUUUAAGGAAGCUUCAGAGAAUUUGACAAAAGCAGAGAGACUUUCAAAGGAGCUGCUGCAAUGUGGAAGGAUUAUAAAGGAAGAAUGGAUAGAAAUUCAAACGCAGAUCAAAUUGUCAUUUGCACAGGUAUAUCAAGGUCAGAAGAAAUCAAAAGAAGCUCUGCCCCACUACCAAGAGGCUUUAGAAUAUAUUGAGAUCAGUAAAGGUGAAAAAAGUCUUGAGUGCGUACCAACAUUGAGGGAAUUGGCAGGUGUAGAACAAGCCCUGGGAUUUCACGACGCAUCCAUCAACCACCUUUUACAGGCGCGUCUCAUCGUCCUGAGCAGAAACCCCUCUCAAGAGGAGGCAGCCGUGUCCGCACACUCCGUCGCCUGUGCUGCUGUCGCUUCUGGAAGGCCUGAGCACCAUGAUGUGGCUGAGCAGUAUUUUCAAGAUAGCAUGGCUAAUCUUAAGGAUGCUGAAGGGAUAGGAAAAGCCAAAUUUCUUUCAAUUCAAGAUGAUUAUUGCCAUUUUCUACAAGUCACUGGACAAAAAGAGAGAGCUACCUCCAUCCUGAGAGAGUCCCUGGAGGCCAAAGUGGCAGUGUAUGGCGAUCUCAGUCCCGAGGUGGCAGAGACAUACCGGCUCCUGGGCGGGGCUGACCUGGCACAGGGGAACCAGAGAGGGGCCCACAAGAAACUGAAGAAGGAAAACGAGAAACACCCUUUGGAGGCUGAUUUCAGACCAGAGUGCACUGGCCUCCUUGGAAGAAUCUGGAGAGUACAGAAUACCUUUAUUUAUGAUGGAGAAUGUUCUCCUAUCGAGUGUCUUCAGAUCCAGACCCUCUUAUAUGGACCACAGGACAAGAGGACUCUGGCCACCCAGCAGACCAUGGAUGUCCUGUCCAAGGCCCCCGAGAAGGCCGUGAAGCCUCGGCAGCCCCCAAGAGCCAAGGUGGCCUUCUGCACCGGCGAGCCGCAGCACACCGCGCUGGGGAAGGCCAGGCCCAACGCAGACGACUGAGCCCACCCCCACCAAAAGCUCUGCUCAUGCCUGGGUGCUGACACUUAGGGUGCUCUAUAAAUCUCUCUCCAGCCAGAAGGUGGACUUCAACAGUCAUUGGCAGAUUUUUUAGGCUGUUUGCUCCAAAUGCAACAGCGGUCCCAUAAACUUCCCAUGGGCCACCUUUUGACAGUGGAUGCCCUUCCCGGUGAUUUGGCGCUGCUAUAAAGCAUUUUUCUUUUUACCACCUUAGUGGUUUUUCUUGCCAGCAAGAAUUUUUACCCAUCAGCACUAUUGUGGCUGAAAGGCUUCUCUUCAAAAGUUCGAAACUUCCUGUGUAGGAAAGCA